CACAGGCAUGCUGCUCAACCCUAGGAGAGACCUGCCAUGGGAUAUGUCUCUAUCCCUUGCACCUUGAUGUAACAAAGGAAAAAUGAAGGAAAGAAAAAAAGAUGCUCCUUUCUCAUGUUGUGUUCGGCGUGACCUACUUCUUCCGGACCGCGAUUGCAUCAAUAUUGCAAAAACCUUGGCCGAGAUGCCCUGCUGCACACGUGGUUGGCUCUUUUACGGAAGUAUAUCGCCAGGAUGUUACCCUGCUGUGCAUUGUCGCUGAAGCCCGCCGCGAAUACAGCCAUGUACAUACCGCGACUGGCACUUACACGGCCGCGGGCUCAGUGUUCAGUGCAAAUUCUUGUGCGAGGCGUCUGCACAGGUACAUACGUCAGAGUUGUAUUUGCAGUUCAGCUGGUUUCACUGCAGGCAAUCUAUUGUCCAUGGAACAGUAUGCUGCUUUCAUUUGCUGCCUCCUUUCCCAAGAGAGGCCGCACAAUUGAGGCCUCUCUGCUGUGCCACUGCGCCUUUCGUGCGAGUUGAUGAGAGGUGCGAGUGUACCGAGUUGCAGCGUGUACUUCCAGAGACUACGGAAAGGGUACCCAAUGUAAAAUAUUAUAAGUCAAAGCCGUCACAGACCGUCUUGAUAGGCUGCCAUUACUG